AUGGAAAACUCCGUACACUGCAUUUCUCUCGCGUGCUUCGGGGUGCCGCACCGGCAAGCAGCGCGCUCUUCUGUCCGCCAGUCCAAGUCCAGAACUUUUCUCCUGCUCUCACGCUCUGUGUCUCUUCUCUUCCGGCGAGCGGUUCCGCGUAGAUUGCCAACCGCUGGCACCAUUACCCUAAAAAUUCUCCGUAACGGAAAGGAGACGCGCGAGAUCCACAAGAUUGCUGCAAGGAGUCGUCCCAUCCCUGCUGGCGCCUGGGAUCUUAAGACCAGGAUCUACCCUUCACGUUUCACCCCUGGCCCACAUCUGGAAGCCAAGAGCAGGUGUCAUUCGAUCACCAGCAGCCUCAAGUGGGUGGGCUGCGUCGAGCGUGAAGGGAGGAGACUGGUCACUGGAGGUGGAGGGGGGGAUGGACUCAAAGAAGGGACGUUUCGAGACGAAUCUGAAGCAACGACAUCGAGCCAUGAGAGAGUAAAAGGGGAUAGCUCGGCAUUUUACUCUGAGCCUGUUCUGUGUCGUCACUCGUCACUCGCCAACCCUCUGGCUUCUGAUAUCCACAACCUCUGGUCUCGCGACCGGGCCCCUAGCCUCCGGGGGGUGAAAUAA